GGCAAACCGGGGAAACAUCCAGCCUUCUCCACGAUUCAAGAAGCCACGUGCCGCGAUAAUGACGGGAGCUAAGGAGGCACAGAACUAGGGAACAACGAACCUCCGUGUCUACCGAUGGUUGACACCUCGAAUCGGCAAGAUGGAAAGAAGCGUGAAGAACGUCCUCGUGGUUUCUUUUGGAUUCCUGCUUCUCUUUACGGCCUACGGAGGCCUGCAGAGUCUGCAGAGCAGCCUGUACAGCGAGGAAGGGCUGGGGGUGACGGCGCUCAGCACGCUCUACGCCGGGAUGCUCCUGUCCUCCAUGUUCCUCCCAUCGCUCCUGAUUAAGAAGUUCGGCUGCAAGUGGACCAUCGUCCUCUCCAUGUGCUGCUACGUGGCCUUCUCCCUGGGCAACUUCUACGCCAGCUGGUACACCUUGAUCCCUACCUCCAUUCUGCUGGGGCUGGGAGCGGCCCCGCUGUGGUCCGCUCAGUGCACGUACCUCACCAUCAUGGGAAACACACAAGCGGAGAAGGCGGGGAAAGUUGGCAGAGAUGUGGUGAAUCAGUAUUUUGGCAUCUUCUUUCUCAUCUUCCAGUCAUCCGGUGUGUGGGGCAACCUCAUCUCAUCUCUGGUGUUUGGCCAGAAACCCACUCAAGGGGCCGCCCCAGAGGAGCAACUCCUGUCUUGCGGGGCCAGCGACUGCCUAAUGGCCACGGCGUCCACCAACAGCACCCAGCGCCCCUCGCAGACGCUGAUCUACACCCUGCUGGGCAUCUACACAGGGAGCGGCGUCCUGGCCGUGCUGCUCAUCGCUGUGUUUCUGGAACCCAUCAAAGAUGCUCAGCAGCAAAGCAAAGGAGGCAAGAAGCUGCCUUUCUGGUCCACGCUGCUGUCGACCUUCCGGCUCCUUCAAGAUAAACGCCUGCGUCUGCUGCUGCUACUGCCCAUGUACAGCGGGUUCGAGCAGGCCUUCCUGGCUGGAGACUACACCAGGUCCUACGCCACCUGCGCCCUGGGGAUCCAGUUCGUCGGUUACGUGAUGAUCUGCUUCUCGGCCAUCAACUCGCUGUGCUCGGUGCUGUACGGAAGGAUCUCCCAGUACACGGGCAGAGCCGCCCUCUACGCGCUGGGCGCGGUGACACAGCUGUCCUGCAUAAUCGCCCUCCUGCUGUGGAGGCCUCACCCCCACCAGCUGGCCGUGUUCUUCGUAUUCCCCGGCCUCUGGGGCGUGUCCGACGCCGUCUGGCAGACGCAGAACAACGUUCUCUACGGCGUUCUAUUUGAGAAGAACAAGGAGGCUGCCUUUGCCAACUACCGCCUGUGGGAGUCUCUGGGCUUCGUCAUCGCCUUUGGGUACAGCUCAUUCUUGUGUGUCAACGUCAAACUCUACAUCCUGCUGGGGGUCUUGAGUCUGGCCAUGCUGGCCUACGGGGCUGUGGAGUAUCUGGAGGCCAGGAAGCCGGCCAGGCCAGCUGCCGCGGAGCAGGCAAUGCCAGCGGAGCGGGGGGACACAGACACAGCCAUGUGAAAGGGACACGCGCCGUGGCCGGGGAGCCCCGCGUCCACAGGAGAGCUCCGCCUGAAGCGCCUCAGACUCCAUCACUGAUCCUUCACAACUGUCGGCAGCAACACUGAGCCAUCUUGAAGACGUCACACAGUCACGUUGUUUUGUAUGAUUGUUUUUUCUAUCCUAAUGAGUGUUCUGUCCACUGUGUGGCCAGUAGAGACCAAGAGGGAACAUGAAGAGAUCCGUUAAUCUCAGACACAAAGGAAGAAGGUCGGGUGUAUAAUCAGCCAACAGGAACUUGCUCAGGUAGAACAAUCCCCUGCUCUCGCUUCCGCUGUUCUCACUGUUGUCGUCAUUCGUGAGAGUCGGAAGGAGGAGGAGAUAAGGAGUCCGACACCCUCGUUUUACAAAUGGUAAAGUGACGUCCAGGCGGGUCCGCUGACUCCCUCCCAGUCAGUGAGCGACAAAGCCAGACACGAGUUCAGGUCCCUUGAAGCCUGUAGAUUACGAGUUUCUAAAUAAACACAACU